CAGCAGCCUUUAACACAGCCCAGCCAGCUUUCUGUGCAUUCGCAUCAGAGGCAACACAGGAUACACACUCACACACACAUGCACACACUCGUAGCCACUCAAUCAUAUCGCAAACUGGAGUCGCAGUGAGGAAACAGAAUGUCAGGGAAGGAAGCGCUGAAGCCAGUGGGAAAGCAGAAUUUGCCUCAAGUCUGCAGAGCUCUUUUCUGACCCAUGAGGAGUCUGAGGGAGAAGUUCACACUCAUAACAGGCGAAUAUCUGAUGAUAUUUUUGGAAAUCAGCCAGAAACACAAAAGGAGACGGUUUUAGAUUUAAUUAAGGAGCAGAAAGUCAGCCUACAUUUGGAUACCACCCUCAAGAUCUGGGUUUUCAAAGAGAGAAGACGUACAUCAGGAGGAAAUUCUUCAAAUUCUCUUUGUCUCUGACCGCUCUGCUGCUCAGGUCUUUCACAGUCCCAUCAUCUGCCGCCACCAUCAAACUGCAGCAGGACACAUCGUCAGGUUUGCCACACAACCACGAGGAACAUGAGUCUGUCACGGAACGGGACGCUGGAGAAGACGGUGUCUGAGCAGGCCCACUCUGAGCGGGGCUCCCCCUCCAGAGCGGGGUCAGGGGUCGUGGUGCCGCCUCCAUACUCCCUGGGGGGCAGCGAAGCCGCUGACACCCCCCUGGAGCUAAGGGGCUCUCUGGACUGCUGGGCUUGCUCUGUGCUGGUCACCGCGCAGAAUCUGGUCAUAGCUCUGAUCAACGCCGGGCUGGCCAGCAUCGUGUUCGGCACCAUCCUCACCCCCGCUCUCACCAUGAUCAUAUUCGGCUUCCUCUGCCACUCCACAGUGCAGCCCCACGGAACGUCUCUGUAUUGCUCGGACCUGCUGGAUGACAGCGGCUGCGUGGCCCUGCUGGUUGUGGGCUUUCUGCUGCUCACCCCUCUGCUGGUCCUGGCUCUGGCUGCCUACUGUCGCCUGGCCCGACACCUCCAGCUGGGCAUGUGUUUCAUUCCCUACAGCCGCGCCGUCUACAAGAACCUGCCCGCCUCACGCCAACGGGGGGCUGGUGCAGGAGGCUGCUGUGGCCAGCGGGGAGGCUCAGAGAGGGAGGGGAAGGGUAGUGUGUGGGUGUAGGGCAGGAGAGGAGAGGAGAAUUGUGUAUGGUUAUAUUAUGUAUUCCAGUUUAAUGAUCAGAGUUGGGUUGUUUGAGUCCAGAUUUUUUUUUUCGAAAGCAAAUUUUUGCCGUAUUUCUUUUUUCUAAAACCAUUGUAAAAAUCCAUCAUAUUUAAUCAUUUAUAGUCAUUGUUUUGAAGUCAAUAUUGCUGUUUUGCAUACAUUUUCAAUAUACUGAAUGUAUUUUAUACCUUUUUACAAUAAAGUGUCACUUGACCUGC